ACUCGUUGCAUUGAGUUGUGGUGGCCCGAUCGCUUGCGUACCUCGGUCUCUAGAACGCUUAGAUCAUCCUGUCGCGUUCUAAUGCCGAGAUGGUGCGGCACUGUGCGGUAGAGGACUGCGGCAACCUCCUGAUUCGGUGCGGAAAACCUAUUCACCAGUUCCCAAAGGACGAACAACUUCGUGCGCUUUGGAUCCGGCUCGCACGACCGUCCUCCCCGGCGUGGCUUCCAACUACGAGUGAUCGCUUGUGUUCCUAUCACUUUCGUGAUGAGGACUACGUGCGAAGCCCCAGGGUGAUGGAGUCCUUGGGCUUCCCGGUGAGGAAAGUACAGCUCAAACCAGGAGUUUUGCCCCGUUUAUUUUCAAAGAAGCGGAGAUCUGGCGAGCGCAGCGAACCCCUUGACAAGCGACGCAGAGUGGCACCUCUGCGUGAUUCCACCAACUUCCUGGUCGGAGGUGCAGACACAUGUUGGGAGCCUACAAACGAGCUAGAAGAAACAGCCGAGAAGAAAUAGAACAGGUAAGGUUAUUGACGUAACUUGAAUGUCUUUUAACGUAACAAUGUGUGGGCUGUGAGUGCUGCACCAGUGGGCCCAUACUCCUGGGCCAAAAGCAAUAACACCCCCUUAACAUUCUUCCGUCUUCUCUCUUGCAUCUCUCCAGUGACUCCAAGUGUGUUGGCAUGUCGGCUGGUUGCACCUGCGGCCUCCCCCACUGCAAUAACGCGGACAGAC